AUGAACGCAAACGCGACUAUCGGCACCAGCGACACCACCACCAACAACAAUAUGCAUACUACUGGGUUGAAUCCCGUGGGAAACGACCUUCUACAAGCGGUCAGUGGAGGCGGCCUUUCGGCGCUCGAGGCCGUCGCCGCAUCUGGCGACGCCUUUCCACCUUUGAAGGCGGCUGUCGUUGAGGCGUUAGAAAUCAUCGGAAUUGUUAAGAAAUUUAAGAUCAACAAGAAGGAUUGGGCUGCUUUUUCUGUGAGUCUCAUUCAGAAGGUUGGGGAGAUUGUCCAGGCUGUGCGGCAAUAUAAUGAAAGUCAUGUUCCAUCGGCUUUGCAAUCCAAUCUUGAGAAUCUGAAAGGUGUUUUGGACAAUUUGAAAGAAGAUGUAAUCAAGAUCCAACAGCAGAACACAUGGAAGCGACUUGCCAAUUUCAAAAAGGAUCAAGAAUAUAUUGCAGGUUUGCAGGCUAAACUCAAUGUGCUUCCCAACUUUCAAGCCUGUCUUAGGGUUGAGGAAAGUUCACAAGAAGCAAAUGCCAAGAGGGGUGCUUGGGAACAUCCCAUAGUGACUGAGCAUAACAAAGAUAAUAUAUCUAUUGAGGGAAGAAAUCUUGGUGAAGGGUCCACAACUACAGAAAAUGUACCUCAGAUAAGUGUGCUUGAGCAGGCACAUGAUUUUCAAAUCAAUGAUAGUGUUUUCAAUUCUGCAAAUAUUAUCAAUAUCAAUGACAACAGGGGACUUGAAGCCAGGAUAGAAGAUGUAGUGGAGCAGUCAAAUGUAGAAAAGUGGCUGCAAGAGCUCAAAGCUCCAUCACAUGGCAGAGUAAGAGACAGGUGCAUGCCUGGAACUCGGGAGGAUGUGCUCACCCUUAUCAAAACAUGGCUUAGUGAUCUUAAUGGGCCUAAUAUUUUCUGGCUUUCUGGCAGUCCUGGCUCUGGGAAGACAACAAUAGCUUCAACUGUGGUCGCUGAUUUUGAUUAUUUCUCUGGGCAAUUCUUUUUUCGUCGUGAUGAGGCUGAGCUUCGGGAUCCUGACAACUUAUGGAGACGUAUUGCUCUGGACCUUUCUCUUGGAUCCAGUGAUCUUGGAAAGUCUAUAGCUAGGGCACUGGAGAACCAGAAAGCCAACAUCAGAGGCCUUGAUAUCUCUAUGCAAUUUGAGCAUCUUAUUGUCAAGCCUUUACAGCAGGUUUUUUGGAGCUCUGUAAAGCCUCUUCUCAUUGUUAUUGAUGCCCUUGAUGAGUGUGAUUCAUAUGAGAAACUCUUGCCUUCAUUGGUAUCUUGGUCUCACCUCUCUAAACCUUUGAAACUCCUUAUUACAAGCCGCUAUUAUCACAAGAUUCAGAGUAGCCUGAGAUCUGUCAGUGUUCAUCAUAGUCUGCAUACUGGGCAUGGAGUGUCUACUGCAAGUUCUCAUGACCUUGAAAAAUAUUUUCUUGCAAGAUUUUUUGAGGUAACUGGGUUGCCUUCAAACUGGCCUGGUCCAGACAAAGUAUCAUUUCUUGUGAGAAAAGCUGCUGGGUUAUUUAUUUGGGCUAAAUCUGCAAUGGACUUUAUCUUGUAUGAUGGAGGUGAUCCUGAAGAGAGGCUAGAUAUCAUUUCUACUGAUUCUGGAGAAGGAAUUGAUGUUGUUGACAGCCUGUAUCAUCAGGUCAUCUCUGUUGCUUUGAAAGGUCUCAGAGAACCAGAGAAAAAUAAUUUAAAAAUAAUUCUGGGUUCCAUAAUCAUUGCAAAGAACCCACUUCGUAUCAAGGAUCUAACAGAGCUUCUGGGAGUGAAAGAUAGAUUUCUAAAUUCGAUAAUUGGUCAACUUGCCCCAAUUUUAUCCAUCAGUAGUACAAGCUAUGUGCGUAUUUGCCACCAGACAGUAGCAGAUUUUCUCCUUAAUUCUGAGCGCUCUCAAGACUUGUGGGUUGAUCCUCAGUUUCAUAGUCUCUGCUUUGCUGGGUCUUGCUUGAAGCUUAUGAAUGAAAAACUAAAGUUCAACUUCUUUCAUCUAAAAACAUCUCAUAUUUUAAACAAGGACAUACCAGAGCUGAAAGACCACUUGGAAAGUGUAAAAUCCACAGCUUUGGAUCAUGCAAGCUACUUCUGGGCCAGCUAUUUGAAUAAGACAUGUGAUAAAACAUUAGAGCAUAAAGUGCAGGCUGCAGUGGAGAAAUUUUUGAUGGUCCAUUUUUUACACUGGCUAGAAAUUAUGAGUCUGAUGAGAAGAGUAAAUCAUGCUGCUCAACUAUUAUUGUUGGCUGCACAUUGGAGCAAGGUUUCAAAACCCAGCUUAUCAGAUUUUGCAAAAGAUGCAAACAGAUUUGUAAUGGAAUUUUUUGAACUAAUAGCUUGUGCAGCACCACAUAUAUAUAUAUCAGCACUGCCAUUUGCUCCAAAGAAUUCAAGGAUCUCUAGGCAUUUUCUCAAGUUAUUUGCAAAGACAUUGACUGUGAAGAUGGGUCAAAUGGAAAAUUGGUCAGAGAAAUGUAUUCUCAGACUGGCAGGCCACGAUGAUUAUGUUACCUCAGUUGCAUUUUCUCCUGAUGGCAUACACAUUGUCUCUGGAUCUGAUGACAAGACAGUCAGAGUGUGGGAUGCUCAGACAGGUCAGAGUGUCAUGGAUCCUCUCAAAGGCCAUAGUAGUUUGGUUACUUCAGUUGCAUUUUCUCCUGAUGGGAGACACAUUGUCUCUGGAUCUAAUGACGACACAGUCAGAGUGUGGGAUGCUCAGACAGGUCAGAGUAUCAUGGAUCCUCUCAAAGGCCAUGAUCAUAUUGUUACUUCAGUUGCAUUUUCUCCUGAUGGGAGACACAUUGUCUCUGGAUCUAAUGACGAGACAGUCAGAGUGUGGGAUGCUCAGACAGGUCAGAGUGUCAUGGAUCCUCUCAAAGGCCAUGAUCAUGAUGUUACUUCAGUUGCAUUUUCUCCUGAUGGAAGACACAUUGUCUCUGGAUCUAAUGAUGAGACAGUCAGAGUGUGGGAUGCUCAGACAGGUCAGAGUGUCAUGGAUCCUCUCAAAGGCCAUGAUCAUGAUGUUACUUCAGUUGCAUUUUCUCCUGAUGGAAGACACAUUGUCUCUGGAUCUGCUGACAAGACAGUCAGAGUGUGGGAUGCUCAGACAGUUGCAUUUUCUCCUGAUGGAAGACACAUUGUCUCUGGAUCUAAUGACAAGACAGUCAGAGUGUGGGAUGCUCAGACAGUUGCAUUUUCUCCUGAUGGAAGACACAUUGUCUCUGGAUCUUGUGACAAGACAGUCAGAGUGUGGGAUGCUCAGACAGUUGCAUUUUCUCCUGAUGGAAGACACAUUGUCUCUGGAUCUUAUGACAAGACAGUCAGAGUGUGGGAUGCUCAGACAGUUGCAUUUUCUCCUGAUGGAAGACACAUUGUCUCUGGAUCUUAUGACAAGACAGUCAGAGUGUGGGAUGCUCAGACAGGCCAGAGUGUCAUGGAUCCUCUCAAAGGCCAUGAUCAUCAUGUUACUUCAGUUGCAUUUUCUCCUGAUGGAAGACACAUUGUCUCUGGAUCUGCUGACAACACAGUCAGAGUGUGGGAUGCUCAGACAGGUCAGAGUGUCAUGGAUCCUCUCAAAGGCCAUGAUCAUUAUGUUACUUCAGUUGCAUUUUCUCCUGAUGGAAGACAAAUUGUCUCUGGAUCUGCUGACAAGACAGUCAGAGUGUGGGAUGCUCAGACAGGUCAGAGUGUCAUGGAUCCUUUCAAAGGCCAUGAUAAUUGGGUUACUUCAGUUGCAUUUUCUCCUGAUGGAAGACACAUUGUCUCUGGAUCUUAUGACAAGACAGUCAGAGUGUGGGAUGCUCAGACAGGCCAGAGUGUCAUGGAUCCUCUCAAAGGCCAUGAUCAUUAUGUUACUUCAGUUGCAUUUUCUCCUGAUGGAAGACACAUUGUCUCUGGAUCUGCUGACAAGACAGUCAGAGUGUGGGAUGCUCAGACAGGUCAGAGUGUCAUGGAUCCUCUCAAAGGCCAUGAUCGUUACGUUACUUCAGUUGCAUUUUCUUCUGAUGGAAGACACAUUGUCUCUGGAUCUGAUGACAACACAGUCAGAGUGUGGGAUGCUCAAAUGGUUCAGAGUGUCAUGGAUCCUCUCAAAAGCCAUGAUCAUGUAUUGUGCAUUUUCUCCUCAUGGAAGACACAUUGUCUCUGGAUUGUUAAAAACAUGUUACCGUCAUAA